AUGAGUGCGAACCAGUCACGUCGGAGGAUAGACCCGGGCCAAAAACCCGAGAGCAGCACGAAACCCAGGACAGACAACGUGCUGCCUUAUCGAGGGAGAGAGCUUGACAAAAACAGCUUGCGACUAGUUGAGAUACAGCCGACUGCACAUGAGAGCGACCCUUUAGUUUGCACGCCGACGGAGGUCACCUUCGGUAGCAGGCCCAAGUUCGAGGCGCUGUCAUACAUGUGGGGCAUAGAGAAGGCGAACGAUACUAUCACCCCGAAUGGCCACCCAUUCGAGAUCGACGCCAUCUGCAUAAACCAGAGUGAUGUGGAGGAACGGAGUCGACAGGUUAGGAUCAUGGACCAAAUUUACUUCAGAGCCAGCACGGUCGUGGUUUGGUUGGGGAGCAAGUACGCAGAUAUCCAAAUAAAAAUUAAAGGCAAGCUGAAGCCAGAAGAGAGCAAGAAGCCUGAGGAAGAUUUCCCCCAGGGUAGCAGCAGCACUCUGCAGGAGAUGGUUAGACACUUGCGAACUGACCCCUACUGGGAUCGCCUUUGGAUGCUGCAAGAGAUUGGGCGAGCGAAGAAGCUCCGGGUCUGCUUUGGAACCGAGUCUUUCUCGUGGGAGUAUUUCAGGCACCUCAUCGCAAAGUAUAACAAUAAUAGGACAUCCGGGCCACUAAAUCUGGACAAAAUACUGCGCCAGGAGAAAUACAGCGGCUCGCACACUCUCAAGAGGCUACUCGAAGAGCACGAAGACGCGAAAUGCUCGGAUCCAAGAGACAAAGUCUACGGUCUCGUCGGACUUGCCUCGGACGCCGCGCAGUUUCCGGUGGACUACAGCAAGUCCCUCUAUGAGGUGUGGAAGGACACGAUGGUGUUCAUGAAUGAGUGGAAUCUUUUCAAAGAUGAAUUCAAAACUCUCAAGACUGGAAAUCUGGUGAAGAAACUCCUCAUGGCGAAUCUCAGCGAUCCCCUUGGUCAGCUCUCGAAAGCGUACGAAGACGAAGUGGACUCAACCCAAAUUAUCGACAAACUAAAAGGUCCCUUUGGUUUUCGCCUUCAGGCAGUUUCAAUCGGGUGCAUCAUCCACGUAGGACCUUCAACCAAUGAUAUUGUCUCUAUGCCUGACGAAGCGACUCAGUGGCACAUCGCCACGCAGUGUCUAUAUCCAGCGGUCGAGCUGGGAUCAGCUCAUGCAGAGUACGACAAAUUGCUCUACGCACUCUUAGAAUCAGAUGAAUCAGAGAUUGAGAAGGCGUGCUUCAACAGGCCAAGCCAUGUUACCUGGCUGGAGACCCACAAUCUCGACAAAUACAAGAGAGGCCCAGAAACCACACGAGAAUAUAUCAUGAGAGUUCAAAAAGCAGCCUUCCUCGAUACCCUCCUACCAACCGAAAGGAUUGCCCUUGUUAUCCACGACUGGGGCUCAGCACUUGCUUUGACUGGGCACUUCGUGCUCCCCGUUCCAAACUGGGACGUGUUUCGCCCUACUUUCGCGGAGAACUUCAAGGCAUUUCGCGAUCCCAUCCUCGGGCGGGAGCUGCUAAUCAACCAAAACGUUUUCAUUGAAAAGGUUUUGCCUCUCAACAUUUUACGGCAACUAUCUGAGGAAGAGAUGGGACAAUAUCGUCGCCCAUUCCUCCAAUUGGAAUUACGCGAGUCACUUUGGCGGUUUCCCAAUGAGAUUCCAAUUGAAGGAUACCCUGCUGACGUGUGGGAAAACGUUAACAAGUAUGUAGAUUGGCUACUGCAUACUGAUAGUCAGAAGCUUGUCUUCUGGGCUGAAACCGCGGUUAUUAUUACAAAGGAGACAGUAGAGAAUUUUGUUAAGAAGCUCCAAAACACAAAAAUUGUGUAUCUAGGGCUGGUCUCCAUUAUAUUCAAGAAGGUUAUCCGCACACUAUUGGCCGUGAAAUUGCUCAGUGGCUACCUAGUAAGAGAUAAGAGUACUUAG